AGUAGGUAGCAGCAGUGAGGCACUCGGUUACCUUAGAUGAAAACAAAGGAGAAGAAGACCGCAGGAAAAGUUCUCGAAAAUGUCCGAGUACGAGAAGAUCCAGAAGAGCGCCCUAAAAAUUAAAGGGCUGGGGGAACUUUCAGCAGGAAAGAAGAAGAAGAAGAAGAACAAAGAGAGUAAACAUCGCAUGGAGCAGAUUGUGACGGGAGAAAAUGAUGAGGAGGAGGUGAAGACAAAGAAAGCAUACAUUGACAAAAGGACACCGGCACAAAUUGCUUUUGACAAGAUGCAAGAAAAGAGGCAAAUGGAACGAAUUCUGAAGAAGGCAUCAAAGACACACAAGCAUAGAGUUGAGGAUUUCAAUCGCCACCUGGACAACCUUACAGAGCAUUACGAUAUUCCAAAAGUCAGCUGGACCAAGUAAAAAACAAGCCAAUUUUUUUUUUUUUUUUGUAUGUUUUUGAAACUUUUUCCUUGCAUGUUUAUGAAAUGCCCUUUUAGAAUUGAAGUGGCAUUAAUCCUCAGUUGUUACUUU